GCUGAGGCAAGGUGGCAGGCAGGAAUCAAAGAAGCCCCAUCGUUGAGACAUGCCUGUUCAUCCCUGCUAGGCUCUCUCUCUCUCUCUCUCUCUCUCUCUCACACACACACACACACACACACACACACACACACACACACAGAAAGAGACACCGUUACACUGCCCAGAGACCUGCCUGUGGAGCUUCCCCAAGGAGUCAUGACCAAGGAGAUCGAGUCUCUGAUGCUUCUGCAGAACGAAAGCUUCAACCCCCCGCGGUACUGCGACACUUUCAGCAUGGACACCUGGAGGCCGUACACGGAGAACCUGGGCUCGGAGGACAGCAGGACGCGCGGCAGCAGGCCGAGCAGCGAGGACGACGUCACCGUCUUUUCCUUCCUCUACGAGCAGAACAAGACACUUAAAGAGCAGAAAAUGAUGCCUUGCUCCCGAAACAGCAGCAUGUAUAAGUCCCUGGACAGGAAUCCCAGCACCACGUCCCCUGACCUAGUGGCCCUGGAGAGCCCCACCCACAUCAUGAAGCUGCUGUCCGAGACCUUCUCCGGCACCCCGCAGCAGGACCCGCUGGAGCUGAACAAGAAGGUGGCCCCCCUCUGUGGCCACCGCACGGGCCCCCUGCCCGAGGACUUCAUCACGCCCCAUGCGGAGAGCUACGACAAGCAGAUGUUCAGCAUGGACUUGGACUUCAUCCUUCAGCCACCGCAGCCCAAGUGGACCCCUGACUCCACUCCAGAGACUCUGUCCUACAACAAGCCUUUUGUGGAACAGGCCAGCCCAGCGUACUCUUACACAAACUCCCCCUCGGACAGGUACAGAAACGAGUUCCAGUUCAUUCUGGGAGCCCCUCCUGCCUUCCAGCACAAGAGCAGCGAGAUUCCAAUGGUGUACCUCAACAAGGGCCAGUUUUACCCCAUCACCCUGCAAGGAGUGGGUGCUGAGAGCGCAGCAGGCCACUCCUGUACCAAAGUCAAGACGGUGAUCAUGGCAGUGUUUGACAACGACAAGAACCCCGAGAUGCAGCUGAAGUGCUGGAACCACUGGCACGCCAGGCAACCGACAGUCAAGCAGAGAGUUAUUGACAUCGCCGAUUACAAAGAGGUGUACAGCAGCAUCGGCAACGUGGAAGAAGUUGCUUUCAACGCCCUGUCCUUCAUCUGGAACACGGCUGAAGAGGCGAAGGUGUACAUUGGCAUCAAUUCGCUCAGCACAGACUUCUCCUCGCAGAAGGGCGUGAAGGGCCUUCCUCUGAACCUCCAGAUCGACACGUAUGACUUCAGCACGGGCAACAACCGGCUCAUCCACAGGGCCGCAUGCCAGGUUAAAGUCUUCUGCGAUAAGGGUGCGGAGAGGAAGAUGAGGGAUGAGGAGAGGAAGAGAGCGAAAAGGAGGGUCAAGGGCGCCGACUCCAGCCACAGCGGCCCCGCCAACAAACAGUCCGUGGUGUCCAGCUCCAUUGGCGGCGACUGCACCUACUUGAAAAGCGUGGACGACCUGGUCGCCGUGCCGGUGCUCUUCAUUCCCGAGAUGCACUUCUCCAACAUGCAGCGCUGCGGCCUGCAGGUGCCUCCCGCCAUCCUGGAGGAGUCCGAAAGGUCGGCGCUGAAAAGACGAAGCUGUCCCCCUUACCCAGAGAACGGAGACCGAGGAAGCCCCCCGACCAGCAAGCAGCCCAGACAAGAGGAGCCGCAAAGAGUGCUCCUGUACGUGCGGAGAGAGUCAGAGGAGGUGUUCGACGCCCUCAUGCUCAACAGCCCUACCCUGAAAGGCCUCAAGGAAGCCAUUUCAGAAAAGUACGAAAUGCAGCUAGAAAGCAUUGGAAAAGUCUACAAGAAGUGCAAGCGAGGAAUUUACGUGAACAUGGACAACAACAUCAUUGAACACUACAGCAACCACUCUGCCUUCCAGAUGGACGUAACCGAGGUGAUGGGGCUGGCCCAGGUCACGCUCACCGAGCUAUAAGCCUCUACCUGCCUGCACCCAGCCUCCGCACCUCAUCCCUCAGGACCACGUGGCUGAUGUCAGCGGGCCCCAGCUCCUCAAAUGCCUGCUAAUUUCAAAACGUUAGAAAGCAUUUCUACGCUGGAGCCAGAGACACAGGCACAUUGCUGACCCAACUACUGGGGGCUUCUUCACUGAAGCCAUUCUAUACAGUGUAAAUACAUCAUCAAGGUUUUCAUACUUUUUGUCAGUUUUUGGCAAAUAUGGCAAAAGCAAUUAUGGGUCAUCUUCUGUAAAUACAACAUGUAAAUAGAAACAGAUAUGAAAAAUAUAGGGAGAAGACAACAGGUGCAGAGAGAGAAAGGAAGUUCAAUGCUGCCUGGGCACGAACAUGCGUUGUGUUGUCUGCUCUCCACUGGGUGCUGCUUCCGCUGCUUUGGAUGUGUCAUUUGCUGAGAACAACUUCAAAAGUGUCCAAAACUUUUUUCACUGCAUGCCAUUUCUUAGACUCAUUUAGAGCUUUUCAUUGCUGUUUUCAGUGCCAAAAAUACUGCCAAAAAAUUUCCUGUAAUUUUCACCUCUAAAGUUAGCCCAGAGAAAGGCUUUUUAGAACAAAUGUCACACAUUUCCCCUUUCAAAGCCACAAAACUGCAUGUG